AUGUUAAGUAAAGACACCAGUUCUUACGAGGAUACAACCGUGUUACCUUCUGAAAUCGCCAUUCCUCGUGUAGCACGUUUCUGGAUUAUUCUUCUCGUAUACAUUCCAUCGGUUAUCUGUUCUUUGUUCAUUUUGUAUAAUUUUAUUGUCCAACGAACAUUACGCCAAGCUCUGCAUAAUCAUGUUAUUGCUCUUCUUCUUUUCGUCAAUUUUAUUGCUCAACUAACAAAUAUUCCAUGGGCUCUUAAUUAUUAUCGUUUAGGAUAUGUUUGGCCACCAAAGUGUUUGUUUUGUCUUACAUGGAUUUUUAUUAAUGAAGCUUUCUAUAUUUUAACAACAAUUCUAUUUGCUUGGGCAACUAUUGAACGACAUAUUCUCAUCUUUCAUGAUAAAUUAUUAUCAACAAAAUAUAAAUUUAUUUUCUUUCAUUAUUUACCAGUGGUCAUAGUUUUUCUCUAUUGCAUCUGUUAUAAUACUAUUGUAAUUAUUUUUUCACCAUGUGAAAAUAUAUAUGAUUAUUCUCAACUUUCAUGUGGUAAUUCUCUUUGUUAUUAUGAAGUUCCAUCAGUAGCAAUUAUUCUUCUUCUUUUACGUGUUCUCUAUAAAAAAUCUCAAAUGCAUCGACCAAUUCGUUGGCGAAAUCAUCGAAAGAUGACGAUUCAAGUAUUAUCAAUAUCAGUUCUGUAUCUUUUUAUAUACAUACCAAAUAUGUUAUUGGAAUUCGUUCAUCUUUGUGGCAUUGCUGAAGAAGUGGGUGCCGAUUUUAUGUUAUAUGCAAAAUUCUUUGAAUAUCAUGGCAAUCUUUUAUUACCUUUUGUAUGUGCUAUAUCAAUGCCUGAACUUAGAAAAAAAAUUAACAAAAUAUUUUCAUAUUGUCGACGACAACCACAAGCAGUUGGCCCUUAG